AUGUGGAAUCAACAAGGUAAUCAGCAACGUCAAGCAGGACCAGGAGCUCCUGGUUCGUCUGCAUCUCAGCAGCCGUACGGUGCAAAUACGAGCGGUUAUCCACCUCAGUCAGGAUAUCCUCCGCAGCAACCAGGCGGCUAUCCUCAGCAGCCAGGUGGCUAUCCUCAGCAGCCAGGUGGCUAUCCUCAGCAACGAGGGCCGUAUCCAUCGAGUCAAUCAGGUGUAAAUAAUUCUCAAGGCUACCCUUCUCAAGCUGGUUAUCCGCCUCCUUCUGGUCCUCAAACUUCAUAUGGCACCGGUGCUAGUGGUCCAUAUCCUUCAUCAAGUAGUUCUGGUCAAUAUCCUUCUCAAGGACAACAACAAUCAGCAUACGGUUCUUAUAAUCCACAACAGCCACAGGGAUAUGCCGGUGGUUCAGCAAUGUCAAAUGAUGUGCGUAUGCAAAAGUUGAGUAAUAUUAUCAUGAAAUAUGAAAUUAAUCAACAAUUUGCAUCAAGAAUAAAGUCUUUGGAAGGAUUUGAAAUUGUUUUAUUGUGUGAUGACAGUGGUUCAAUGAAUACUCCACUGGGAAAUAGUAAUCAAACGAGAUGGGACGAAUUAAAAACAUUGGUUAAUAUUAUUGUUGAUAUUUGUGCCGUAAUGGACUCUAACGGUGUUGAUAUUUUCUUUCUUAAUCGAAAACCGUCAUUGAAUGUUACUGACACAACUCAGGUACAUCAAGAAUUUAGCAAUCGUCCACAAGGGCUAACGCCAAUUGUACCUGUUCUUCGACAUAUUCUUCAAGGAAAACGAACCCAAAGUAUGGAAAAAAAAUUAUUAAUAUUAAUUGCUACUGACGGCGCACCAACAAAUGAAAGUGGACAAGUAGACAUUGGAGCAUUAGAACAUUUAUUGCGAACUGAAAGAACUCCACAGACGUAUGUUACGUUUUUAGCUUGUACUGAUGAUAAUGAUUCAAUUGGCUAUUUGAGCGGCUGGGAUAAGAAUAUACCGAAUUUAGACGUUAUAGAUGAUUAUCGAAGUGAAAAAUUGGAAAUACAACAAAAGCGUGGACCGAAUUUUCCAUUUUCCUAUGGUGAUUAUAUUGUUAAAUCAUUACUAGGAUCAAUCGAUCCAUGGUAA